CUCUGCCUUACCUGAGUUUGUUUCAUCAAUGAGUGGGUUUGUCUGCGGUUAGCCUCAGUAACCGUACUUGCAUUGCCCUUCAACCGCAACUUGGUAUAUUCGCUCAGAUGCGAUGACUAUCUGCAAUGAAGAUCCUGCAUUACCUUGGAUCAAUACUUAGGCGAAGCUGCCAAAAAAAAAAAAAAAAAAAAAAAAAAAACAUGUUCAAACGGUUCACAUCCGUUCCAUGUUUCUGGCGAGUACCUAUGGUGAUUGAUACAAGGUCUUUCAAAAUAACUACUUAGUUACCUAAGUUAAGACCAAGUACUGGUACUUCGGGUGCCGCAAGACAAUAAUAUACUUACAUAUUUACAGUACGUCCUAAACUCGUUGGUCAAGAAUGCUUGGCACAGGAAUACAGGUGCAAGUCGUCAAACUGUGAUCAACCUAGAUGUACUGCAGCUGAUGCCAUGCGGCGGCGACUGCUGCCUGGCUUAACUGGAUAUUUCAUCUGCCAAUCGGCAUCAAACAAUCGGACAGCGAGGCAACCAGGCUACCUGAUCCAGUCAGCUCAGCAAACGCGGCCACGCCCUCGAGCCUCAAUUUCGGGCUAUUGGUAUCGAAGGGAGCAAAUUCUACUGCUCUACUUCAGCCUGCCCAACCUAGCCAAGGCUGGUACUCGACGUGGAUUGACUCAUAUUUCUCAACCCGCCUACUGAUGACAACAGUUACCUCGCCCACAUACUCUGGCUCUGCAAACGUCGGCAAUUUUACUUGGCCUUCCGUUUAUUGGCCUGGUCGCACCUGACCUGACAGAAAGACAGCGCGGCUCAGAUUUGCGACGCUGCGGCCUGAGGGGCUGGAAAACAAACAGACAUCCUCAGGACGCCGCGUGGAAACCAGUUUGAUCUGACAUCCCAUUCACUUUCGUCUAUCAUUUUUCUCAUUUUCUGCUGGCCAAAAUAAUAAGACAUUGGUCCCCUGAUCCUGUUUGCUAAACCUCGUGUACGCCUGAAAGGUUGAGUUUGCGACCAACAGCUUUCGCACUCGCCCCCAAAGGUUGUCAAUUCCACCGGCGAGCGUAGGUAUCCGCACCGGAUCAUCUCAUCACGCCUCUCUCGCCAUGGUUGCGGGGACGAACAGCGAUGUCGACAUGCCAGAUUUGCUAGAUCUGGUAGAGUUGACUGAUGAGCAAGAGCCCGAGGACACAGUCCCAGCUCCCUGGCCGCCUAAUACGCCUCCGCCCCCGUAUGUUGGUUCGGCCCAGACGCCAGCAGGUUUACCCGCAAUAAGUUCAUCGCCCCAAUCUCCUGAAGCCGAGACCGCUGCCACACAAAGUGGACUCGACCUUGCUGUGCAGUAUCUACUUCCUGCAGGAAUCAGAGGCAAGGAUGCACUUGACGCCAAAAUCUUGCAACGAAUGGACACCAAAUACGUCCAGACAGUCUCGGGUGAAAUGAUCACAGGUGACACUCUCAUCCUCAUCAACGUCCCUAGGGGUCAUCUACCCAACCGUACCUGCACUGGGUCUUCCUACCCAUAUCAGUAUCGCAUCAGGAUUUGUUCAUCAAAGCUACGCAGCUGCGGGUUUGACCUUUUCCCACGCCUGUUGGAUGACGAAAAAUACCAAGCCAAGACUUUCCGCCGCUUUGCGGCAAAGCAGACUCGACCACCAGACGUCACUUACAUUCUUGAUCUGGGUCCUUCCACUGACGAGGACCUCCAAUCAACCCAACUGGAAACUCUUAGUCUCUCAAGGGGCUUGAUUCGAUGGUAUAAGGCUGCCAAAGUGCCACCGUUUGUCAACCCUGAGGUUGUUGCAGGCCACGAUGAUUGUUGCGAAUGUGCCGAUAUAGCUACCGAGGAGCCUGUCAAGCCGCCUGCCAAGCCAACUGUCAAGCCAAUUGUCAAAGAUGAAGACGGUAAAGGCAGUAUCUGGGACUCUCAAGUUGCCUCGCCCGAAUACAGAAAUAUCGAGGACUAUUGCGAGGUUCGUCAUGCGGCCAACGUAGUGCGGUUGCUUCGCGCUAUUGCUGAGGUACCCGGCUGUCGACUACCGUUGAACUCGGCACCAAGAGCUUUCACCAUAGCCGGCCUGGCAAAGCUUUUUGAGCUGAAUCUGUCUGACCAGAGCUCAUGGCUGCAAAAUGAUAUGCUAUCCUGGUUUACCGCGGACAAGAACAGUUACAUCAUGGAGAUCCUUACCGAAGAAUCGAUUAUUAUGGCAUACAAUUUGAAGAUUUCCAAGGUUGCGCGCGCCACGUAUCGACUUCUUGUCAGCGAGCACGCCCUCCAGCUUGAAUCUCGUCUCCCAACUCAACGCGGUGGUCACCAUUUCUCAGUCUUUGGGCGCCUACUUAAGGAUAUCAACGAUGACGCAAUCCAGACUGCAGUCGAGCACGGUGGCCAGGCGCUGUCUGAACGUGUCCUCGGAAUUGUACAGCAUCUUGAGUCGGAUGAUGCGCUGGGAUGGCUAGGGAUGAAGGAGUGGCGUGAUUUGGAAGUUGUUGUGCAAGGCAUCAGAAAUCACACCGACUCUUUGAUCCCCAGGAAGACCGACUUCGACUCGGUGUCUGUUCGGGAAGCAUUUGCUGCUCUCAAGAUGGCACUCCUCAAGAUAAUACGUUGGCAAUUAGCUGACGCGACUAACCUCAACUGCCAAAUUACCACGGAGCGUUACAUUGAGAACCUUAGCUAUUACGCGUCCCCUGGUCAUACCGUCGAGUUCAAUGAGAUUUGGAAUAAUCUCAACAAGCGACAAAAGCAGCUUACUGCCGUUUUCUGGGAAAACCUAGAAAGAAGAUGGCCAUACAAGAUUGACAUCAUGGCGGAACGCAUCAACCUUCAGCUGUUAGCUAAGCGCUUAAACAUGGCCAUAGGUGAACUAACCCAUCCUGAUGUCACUACAGGACAUGAAAACUGGCCGAGGCAUUGGUAUUACAGACUGAAUAUUGAACUGUUGAUAACACAGCUCUAUGAUUCACUGCAGUUCAACGUGUGCGAACCCCUAAGGGGCCAGGGAGUGAUAAAACCCGAAAACUCGGAGCUACAGCUUUUCUCAAUGUCAUCCCAUCUUCUCGUUGGCCUGGACGAAGACGAGAUGCGUUUUCUGCCUCUCUGGGCAGAUGGACUCAACGAUGGUUCCGGUGGCGUUUACAUCAGCACAAUCCCCCCAGACAUGUCAGACACUGCACCCAUACAACCGGGACCUGGAUACGUUACUGGCCAUAGCAGAGCCACAGAGGCAACCAACUCCACCGUCGGUGAUCUUGAGCUUGACAAUCUGGACAUCCGGAGCAUUGCAACCAUGACGGAGACGAAUGCUGCUGGCCGAGCCACGUGCUCUACAAUAGCGCCUUCUUCCCAAGUUGGAGGCAGCGAAGACCUUGACUUUCAAAACGCACGCUAUACUGAUCCUGCUGAGCACCAGCCGGUUUCUGUGGGCGUCUUUGGUCUUGUGGACACUUUUGAUGAGGAGUACCAAGACGAGGACUUCGACUCGUGCUCGAAUUCGACUGCUCAAAACACACCCACGGCUUCGGUGACCGGUACAGACACGGAGAGCAGAAGCUCUGACUGGGUCAUGACCUGAUAUCAUUGCGAUAUUCACGCAGAUCACAAUAUUUCCCUUUUUAUUUCGUCUUGAGAUUGUAGCAACAACGCACGUUCGUGCCAUCAAAUGUUUGCAUGGGAGAAAUGAGAACACAGAGUUUUAUGAUACCAUACAAAGUUUGUUUUGCGUUAUUUGUUUGGCUUUUUUUUUGUUUUCUGCAUUCUUCGUACAAACCGGUCAAGCUCUUGUGCAAAAGAUCACGAAAUGUAUGGCUUUGUUAAUCUUGAGCAUUUCCUGUUCUGCAAUGUGCUGGCUCAGACCAAAUAAAUACCUUCUCGAGAUAGGAAAGCCAUAUCAAGGCCAAAAGCUAGGGAGACAGCGAGUGGAAGGGUCGUGUUUGUCUUGCAUUCACGGAAUAAUGGCUUCUCCUGAUAGCUCUGACCUCGAGUUGAAAUGGGUAUCAUGUAACGAAAAGAAAAAGCCAUAGUAUCUCAAAUUGCUGCGUUCGCAGAUAAAAUUCUUAACCCCUGUUCAGAGUGUUUCCUGACCCACGGGGGUUUGCCUCAGUAAACUC